AUGGCUCAGACACUCAGGCUUUUCUGGCCCUUCAUCAUCCUCCUCUUCCUCUCUGGACUCCAGUGUGAGCAGGGCGAAGAGGCCCACAGACGCAGUAGAAGAGAUGUCAGCAGUGACCAGCCUCGUAUGAUAUCAGAAAAUGGUCAUCUACAGUUUUCUGCUGGCAGCAACAAAGACAUUCGUUUCCAGACCUCGGGGACAGGUAGCGUAAAAUUGGGGAAUGAAGAUCUUACCCAACUGAUGGGACAGAUCAAAAUAAACAAAGAUGACAUUGAAACUUUAAAGAACAGUGGACCAUCACCAGACAUUACUAAUCAGCUUAACGAGCUGAAGACAAAGGUGACCGAUCUUGAAACAAAAGUGCAAACAGUAGAACAGACAAUCGAGAGGAAGACCUGUAGCAGUAAUCCAUGUCAGAAUUCAGGAACUUGCCUGAAUCUGUUGGAUUCCUUCCAUUGCCUCUGUCCCUUUAAUUGGCAGGGCCCCACCUGUGCUGUAGAUGUAAAUGAAUGUCAGAUCUAUGCUGGUACUUCACAAGGCUGUCAGAAUGGAGCCACAUGUGUUAACACCCCUGGCUCUUACACUUGCACGUGCUCUCCAGAGUGGUUUGGUCCACACUGUACCUCCCGAUAUGACGACUGUGCAGGGGGGAGUCAGGACCUGUGUGUACACGGACUGUGCAUUGAUUCCGAUAGAGUUAAUCCCAAUGAGCCCAAGUAUAAAUGCAUUUGUGACGCCGGAUGGACGUCACCUCCUGGUAGCGCUGCCUGCACUGCAGAUGUGGAUGAGUGUAGCCUUGCCAACAAACCUUGCUCCACGAACCCUCCUGUGGAGUGUUUCAACACACAAGGCUCCUUCUAUUGUGGGCCCUGUCCAGCAGGAUGGCAGGGCAAUGGCUACAGCUGUCAGGACGUCGAUGAGUGUGCCACAAAUAACGGAGGUUGUUCCACCUCUCCCAUGGUGUCGUGUCUCAACACCAUGGGCUCUUUCCACUGUGGGCAGUGUCCUCCAGGCUAUGAGGGAGAUGGUAAAACAUGCACACAGACUGAUGUCUGUGCCACCAAUAAUGGCGGCUGUUAUCCCACGGCUACCUGCCACUCUGUUCCAGGCAGCACUAUUCCGACAUGCACUUGCCCUCCGGGCUACACGGGUAAUGGCUAUGGUCCGACAGGUUGUUCUCAAAUCAUUGAUGUUUGCAGUACCAAUAAUCCCUGUGUUAACGGCCAGUGUGUGAACACUGGGACUGGAUACACGUGUAAUUGUGACCCUGGCUGGACUGGCAACACUUGUAACCAGAAUAUAAAUGAGUGUGCCAGUAAUCCAUGCCAGAAUGGAGGAACCUGCACAGACGGGAUUAACGGCUUUACUUGUACCUGCACAAACCAAUGGACUGGCCCUCUCUGCCAGACCCCCCAGCAACAGUGUGGAGGAGUUCUCACCGGACCAGCUGGUACAUUCAGUUAUCCCAACACUCCAGGGCAUGAUCAGUAUGACCAUCUGGUUAGCUGUGCCUGGGUUAUCCGAACCGAACCAGAUCAGAUUCUGCGGAUCACCUUCCCUCACUUUGAUAUAGAGAACAGUGCCACCUGCAACUUUGACUUUCUGCAGAUCCACGAUGGCGAGAGUGCCUCUGCCUUCAUCAUUGGAAGAUACUGUGGCUCCAGUGCACCCGCUGAACUCUUCAGCUCCCAUAAUUCCCUCUACUUCUGGUUCCGCUCAGACAGCUCUGGCAGUGCUGGAGGCUUCACCGUGGCAUGGACGUCCCAGGCUCCUGUGUGUGGUGGCCAACUGAACGACACAUAUGGCAACAUUAAUUCUCCUGGCUACCCUGGCAACUACCCUCCUAGCCGGGAUUGCUACUGGACAGUGAAUGUGAACCCAGGACUGCUGAUCACCUUUGCCUUUGGAACACUGAGUAUGGAACAUCAUGAUGACUGCAACUAUGAUUUCUUGGAGAUACGAGACGGGCUGCUUCCAGAGGACCCUGUUCUGGGGAAGUACUGUAGCUCAGGUUCCCCACCCCCUGUGCAUACCACAGGUCCGGCAGCAUGGAUCCACUUCCACUCCGAUUCUGUCAUCAGUGAUAGAGGCUUUCACAUCACAUACACUACCUCACCAGCUGAUCCUGGUUGUGGAGGAACAUUUACAGACAGUCAGGGAAUCAUCAUUUCUCCUAACUGGCCCAAUAACUAUGCCCAUGACAGCCAAUGCAUUUACAUCAUCAGACUGCCCCGCAGUGAGACCGUGUAUCUCAACUUCACUCACAUUGACCUUGAGAUACACUCAGGCUGUAACUUUGAUUAUGUGGAGGUAAGAGACGGAACAGCUGAGACAGCCCCCCUCAUUGGGAAGUACUGUGGAACCACUCUGCCAGCCCCGAUCACGUCCACAACCAACGGACUGUUCAUCCGCUUCAAAUCUGAUGCCUCCAUCAGCAGGGCUGGAUUCAGAGCUAUAUAUGAAAUUGCCUGUGGUGGUACCCUCUCUGGUAUGGGUCAGAUCCGCUCCCCGCUCUUCCCUGAUCCGUACCCCCACAACAAGGAAUGUGAGUGGGUGAUCAACCAGCCAGAGGGCUAUGUAGUCACUUUCAGCUUCCUCAGCCUUGACAUUGAAGGCUCCUCCAGAUGCAUUUUUGACUAUGUUGAGGUGAGAGAUGGCCCCUCAGCCAGCUCCCCUCUGAUCGGUCAGUACUGUGGAACCCAGGUGCCUGGGAUGCUACAGUCCACUCAAAGGUCCAUGUACAUCCGCUUCAAGACGGACUCAUCUGUCUCCAACCAUGGGUUCAGUGCUGAGUACUCAUCUGCAAUAGAGGGUUGUGGUGAUACUUUGACUGAACCCUCUGGUUCCUUCAACAGCCCAGGGCAUCCCACAAGUUACCCCCAUGGAGCCAACUGCUCUUGGUACAUCUCUGUUCCACCUGGCAAUAUCAUUCGCUUAUCCUUCACCUCCUUCAACCUGGAAUUUCACCACAACUGCUUAUAUGACUACGUGGAGGUCUAUGACAAUGGUACAACAGAGACUGGUACCCUACUGGGAAGAUACUGCGGACGGUCAGUGCCUCCUUCUCUGACCAGUACGGACAACAUGUUGACCGUUCUCUUCGUCUCCGACGCUAGCAUGGCAGUGGAGGGCUUCUCUGCUGAAUAUGUGUCAAUCAAUGCCACUACAGACUGUAGUGAGGAGUUCACCACCUCCACUGGAGAACUGUCCUCUCCCAACUAUCCCAGCAACUACCCUACCAACCGGGAAUGUGUCUACAAGAUCACAGUUGGAGUCAACAUGCAAAUAAUGCUCAACUUCACUGACUUUGAUUUGGAGGGACCUGACCCCUCUUGCUUUCAUGACUAUGUAGAGGUUAGAGAUGGAGGCUACGAAAUCUCCCCCCUGAUUGGUCGAUUCUGCUCACAUCGCAGUCCACCUUUGGUGGUUUCCCAUAGCAACCGAUUAUGGCUUAAGUUCCGCUCAGACCAUUCCGUGACUUACAGGGGCUUCACUGCUCACUGGGAUGGCACUCAGACAGGCUGUGGGGGAACUCUUACUGGCACAGAUGGAACGCUCACUUCCCCCAAUUACCCACUGCCCUACCACCCCAACUCUGAGUGCUACUGGCUUAUCAAAACCAAUCCAGGGAGCACACUCACGCUCAGUUUUCAAGUCUUCCAUUUAGAAGGCACCCAUUUAAAUAACUGUCAGUUUGACUAUGUAAUGGUGUUUGAUGGGGAUAGCUCUAAUGCUCGUCAGCUGGCCAGGCUCUGUGGAGAUGAGCUCCCGGCCCCUAUCACCUCGACCAAGAACCAGCUCUACAUUAAACUACGUACAGAUGGCAGUGUUAAUGCAGGAGGAUUCAUGGCUUCUUACAGAUCCAAUUGCCAUGAUGUGGUCAUUGCAAACCAGUCCAGAGGAGUGAUUGAAAGCCAGAAUUACCCCAACAACUACCCGCUGUCAACCACCUGCAGCUGGACAAUCCAUGCUUCUAUGGGCAACACCAUCAACUACACCUUCACAGCCUUUGAAUUAGAGAGUACCUCCAUCGUCUGUAACUAUGACUAUGUUGAACUUUAUGACGGUCUAGAUGAGCAAGCGACUCUCAUUGGAAAGUUCUGUGCGAAUGUACCCCCUCCAGCCAAUACCACCUCAGGUACAAGCUUGCACAUGGUAUUCCACUCUGACAGCUCCGUCACCCGUCCCGGCUUCCAGAUGCUCUGGUUCCAGAAUGGUUGUGGUGGGGAACUGUCUGGGCCCUCUGGCUCGUUCCACAGCCCUGGUUACCCGAACAAAUAUCCUGAAAACCGUGAGUGUCUGUGGCACAUCCAGACCAGUCCUGGCAGCAGCAUCACCAUUACAAUCCAUGAGUUUAACAUAGAGUACCACCCCAACUGUAACUAUGAUCUGUUGGAGGUGUAUGGAGGUCCCGACCUCAUUUCUCCUAGACUGGCACAGCUGUGUACCACUCGACCACCCAGUAACCCUCUCCAGGUGUCCAGCACAGGGAAUAUGGUCACUGUUCGCUUCAAAAGUGAUGCCUAUGUGAGUGGAACAGGCUUCAAUGCCAGCUGGCAGGAAACCCCAGGAGGAUGUGGAGGAUCAAUUAUUGCACCCAAAGGAGAGAUCCACUCCCCCAAUUAUCCUGGUAACUACCCAGACAACGUGGACUGCUCCUGGGUCAUCACCGUAGAUGCAAACCACCGGGUCAUGUUCAACUUCACUGAUUUGGACAUUGAGAGUCAAUCCUCAUGCUCAUGGGACUAUGUAGCUAUCCAUGAUGGUACGAGUGAGACAUCUCCUCUCUUGGGUCAAGUGUGUGGCACAACCAAACCCGAUCCCAUCUUCUCCACAGGGAAUGUCAUUUACAUACGCUUCCGAUCAGACAACAGCAGAAGUCACAGAGGAUUCAGCGGCCAGUUCUCAGAGGCGUGUGGUUCCACAAUUCUGGCUGAUGAUGUGGGUGGGGCCAUUGCAUCCCCUAACUAUCCUUCCCAAUAUCCUUCCAAUCUUAACUGCAGCUGGAUCAUCACAGCCCAGGAACCCUUCAAUCACGUGACCCUCUCCUUCACUGACCUUGAUUUGGAGCAGCUGAACAGUAACUGCUCCCAUGAUGCAGUGGAAAUCCUGGAUGGUGAUAACUACCAAGCUCCAUCGAUUGGGCGUUAUUGUGGAAACACUUUGCCCCAUCCCAUCACGUCUUUUAGCAACGUACUCGUUGUCAACUUCGUUACGGACUCGUCUGUUUCCAAGAAAGGCUUCAGAGCCACAUACUCCGCUUCUACUUCAAGCUGUGGUGGAAACUUGCACAUGGAAUCUGGUUCGUUCAAUAGCCCCAACUAUCCUGAUGCCUAUCCUUCAAAUGUGGAGUGUGUGUGGACCAUCACUAGUUCCCCUGGCAACCGUCUCCAGCUCUCCUUCAUUAUGUUCCAGCUACAGGAGAGUCAAGGUUGCACUCAUGAUUUCCUUGAGAUCCGUGAGGGCAAUUCCACAGGUGCUCUGGUCGGUCGGUUCUGUGGGAACUCUCUGCCCUCCAACUACACCUCCAUCAUUGGUCACGUCCUCUGGAUAAAAUUUGUCUCUGAUGCCUCCGUCAGCGGACCUGGCUUCAGGGCCACAUUCUCCCACUUAUAUGGGAAUGACAUCAUAGGAAGCUCAGGCCAGAUUGCUUCUCCUCUCUAUCCACGAGCAUACCCCAACAAUGCAGACUACCGCUGGACUAUUACAGUGGAUGGAGACUCCAUCAUCCAGAUCCGUUUUCUGGACAUAGAUAUUGAAGACCUUCGGGACUGCUACUAUGACCAGCUCAGGAUAUUUGAUGGACCCAAUGUCCAUGCUUAUCUUUUGGGAACAUUCUGUGGUUUGACACGGCCUGAUCCAGUCAUGAGCUCUGGCAGCACUGUCACUCUGGAGUUUAAGUCAGACUCAGUGAUUGCAGGAGCUGGAUUCCUUGUCGAAUGGAUGGCUAUCCAGAACUCCGGGCCUUUCCCCACGAUUCCCCCAGGUGCUUGUGGAGGUGCUCUGAUCCCUGGUGAAACCCCCAGGUUCCUCUUCUCUCCUGGAUGGCCUAAUGAGUAUGAACCUGAUCUUGAGUGCUCAUGGGUAAUCCGCUCUCCUGAUUCCAUAGUGGAGCUCAAUGUGCUGUCUGUGGACAUUGAGGACGAUGUGACAUGUUCCUAUGACAGCCUGGUCAUCAGGGAUGGUGAGACCAACCUGUCCCCUUUGCUGGCAACAGUGUGUGGACGGCAGCUUCCUGGCUCUAUCCACUCUACGGGUGAUGCCAUGUUCCUACGUUUUACUUCAGAUGGGAGCAUCAAUGGCAGGGGCUUCAAUGCCUCCUAUUCAAGGGGUUGUGGUGGACUCAUACAUGCUGACAGGAGUGUGGUCAGCUCCCCAAUGUACCCUCAGAACUACAAGCCUAACCUGGACUGUGGCUGGCAUGUCAUGGUAACCCCAGGCUACAGAAUAACUGUGACUUUCCAGGAUCCUUUCCAGGUGGAAGGCUUUGGCACAGGCUGCAGCUCAGGAGACUAUGUGGAGUUGAGAAAUGGUCCAGACCAGAAUGCACCAUCUCUAGGGGGUCGUCUCUGUGGAGGUAGUAUCCCCCCUAUCGCUCAGACCACUGAUAACCAUCUCUAUGUCCACUUUGUCUCUGAUGGAUCAAAUGAGGGUCAUGGCUUCAAACUGCUCUUUGAGGGGCAUAGUCAAGCCUGUGGUGGAACCAUCGAGUUGAGUGAUUCAGACCCACCUGGCUACAUCACAUCACCCAAUUAUCCAUCAAACUAUCCUCAGAAUAUUGAUUGUGUCUGGAUUAUCACUGUACCCAAUGGGGAAGCUGUGCAACUGGACUUUGACAGUAAUUUCUACAUUGAGCCACACACAGGCUGUGCCUAUGACUACCUGGAGCUACGAGAUGGUUCCAACUCUGAUGCUGAAAUGAUUGCAAAGCUUUGUGGUAACACAAGGCCAUCCACUCAGCACUCCACUGGCUCCACUAUGUACCUACGUUUCCGCACCGAUACCAGUGUCACGCACAGCGGCUUCAAGGCCAAGUAUUCCAUUGCUGUAUGCGGAGGCACGUAUACUGGCCAAAGUGGAACAAUUAGUAGCCCAGGGUACCCUGACUCCAAUUACCCAGACAAUUCCAACUGUGAGUGGUACCUAGAGGGCCCCACUGGUCACUACCUGACCCUGACCUUCACUGCCUUGGACCUACAGAGCUCCACAGACUGCAGCAGUGACUACGUGGAGGUCCGGGAGUACAAUGCCUCUGGUCAACUCUUGGGAAAACACUGUGGAGACAGCAUUCCUGCAUCAGUGGACACAGGAGACAGUUUUGCCUAUGUGAGGUUUGUCAGUGAUGGAAGUGGUAAUGCAGGAGGAUUCAGCCUGUCGUUUGAAGCUAGCGUUGAAGAAUGUGGAGGUGAUCUCAGCGCACCCUCUGGAACCAUCUCGUCCCCCAACUAUCCCAACCUAUACCCACAUAACCGUCUCUGUCGCUGGCAUAUCACGGUGCCUCAGGGUCGCAGGGUCACACUCACUAUCAAUGACAUGCGUCUUGAAGACCAUGGCAACUGUUUUUAUGACUAUGUUGAGGUCCUCAAUGGCUUUUCAGCUACUGCUCCACGCCUGGAGCGCUUCUGUGGCACUGUGCCUGCAGGUCAUCAAGUGAAGUCAUCAGGCAACACAAUGACUGUCAUUUUCAGGACUGAUUCUUCAGUGUCCAAUGGUGGAUUUACUGCUGAUUACUCCUCUGAUGAGGAGGCAGUGUGUGGAGGAAUCCUCAGUGACUCAGCUGGAGGGAACAUCACCUCACCAGACUAUGGUUUCGGUAACUACAGCAACAGACUCAACUGUGAGUGGCUGAUCCAGAACCCACAACACGUGAACUCUUCCAUUGUGGUGAUCAUAGACAGUUUGCAUCUGGAACACCAUCAGACUUGUGAGAGAGACUUCAUUGAGCUACGACUGGGUGAUUCUAAUGGAGAACUUCUUGGGCGUUUCUGUGGUCAGUCUGAACCUCGGAUUCCCAUUGUAGUGUUUACUCCUGAGCUCUGGUUCUAUUUCAGAACUGAUGAGGCUGAUGUAGACCUGGGUUUCAAAGCAACAUAUUACUUCUCAGACUGUGGAGGUUAUCAGACUGGAGAGGAAGGUGCUAUCUCUAGCCCUGGCUACCCCAACAACUAUCCUGGCCCCAGCCGCUGCGCUUGGCUUCUGGAGGCCCCAGAAGGCCACACUAUCACUCUCACUUUCACAUAUUUCCACGUGGAGGAACACAGCCAAUGCUCUUGGGAUUCAGUAACCAUCUUUAAUGGUGGGUCUCCAGGUGCUCCUAUAAUUGGCCAAUACUGUGGCACCAACUCACCUGGGACUGUCAAAUCCGGUUCUAACAAGCUGGCUGUAGUUUUCCUUGCUGACCACUCUGUGUCCAGAGGAGGGUUCACAGCCACUUGGUCAACUGAUUCUUCAGGUUGUGGCGGGAUCAUACAUGCUGAUUUUGGCACCAUCAAAUCUCCUAAUUACCCCCAGAACUUCCCUGCCAAUAUAGAAUGCUCUUGGACCAUCAUUGCUCAUCAGGGCAACCAUUUGGAGAUGGGCUUUGCUAGUGACUUUGAUAUUCCUGACGCCAGUGGGCAGUGUCAAAGCAGCUACAUCAAGGUGUGGUCUGGUGAAACAGAGCAGAAUGAGGCUCUCCUGGCCACUGGAUGUGGGUCAACAACUCCACCUAUAAUCAUCGCUCCUUACAACACUAUCACGGCCCGUUUCCAGUCCACAGGAACUCCUAGUAAAGGCUUCUCAGCUGCCUUUUACACUCGUUGUGGAGCAAAUUUUACUGCCCCCACGGGUCGUGUGGUAUCGCCUAACUACCCAGACCACUAUCCUCACAAUGCCAACUGCGAUUACCUCAUCGAUGCUGGAGACCAAACCGUCAUUAUCCUGACCUUUACGACUUUCCAGAUAGAGGCUGGAUCCACAUGCAUCUAUGAUGGCUUAAACAUCUAUAGCGGAAACACUGCCACAGACUCUCCUCUGGCCACUCUGUGUGGCAACACCAUCCCAGGUUCCUUCACUACGUUUGGCCCGAUGCUUCUCAACUUCUACUCAGACGCUAUCAUAAAUGACAAUGGCUUCCUGGCUGAAUACAGGGCUAUCCCAUGCGGGGGUGUGUUCAACAGCACGGCAGGCACAGUGAGCAGUCCUACCCUUUCCUACAGUGAUUACCACCAUAACAUCAACUGCACCUACCACAUCCUUGUGAGAGAUGCUCAUAUCAUCGAACUCAAGUUCAACACUUUUAGCCUGGAAGUAUCGUCAUCAUGUCGUUAUGACUACGUAGCAGUCUAUGAUGGACAGGACACCCUGGCUCCACUGCUUGGAAAAUUCUGUGGUCGUGAGCUCCCGCCUACGCUCAAGUCUUCGACCAAUCAGCUGUUCCUUGUCUUCCGGACAGAUGCGUCAGUGGCAGGAGUGGGUUGGAGGGCAACGUAUCGUGAAACAUUAGGUCCGGAACAGGGCUGUGGAGGUUACCUCACCUCCUCCACUGGGAUGUUUGGUUCUCCGGACAGUAAUUGGGAUGGAAGGUAUGAUAUGUUCCUGGACUGCACAUGGACCAUUGCACUGCCACCUAAUAAAGUGGUGAACCUCACAUUCUCCUCUUUUGAACUGGAGGAGAUAUCUGACACCCUCUGCAGAUAUGAUCACGUUAAGGUCUUUGAUGGCGCUAACAUGAAUUUCCCACUGGUGGGCACAUUCUGUGGAGAUGUCAUACCUGAGCCUUUUGUGUCAUCAAGUAACUUCCUGACAGUCCGCUUUGUCAGUGAUGGUUCAGUGUCCCUCCGUGGCUUCAAUGCCACCUACAAGGCAAUAGACAGGCUCUGUGGAGGAGAUUUUAACGUCACAACCACUGCUCAGACCAUCACAUCUCCCCUCUUCCCCAAUGCAUACCCACCUUUCACCUCCUGUCGCUGGGUCCUGGAUGCUCCAUAUCAGGAGACUGUGAAAUUGUCUGUCAAGCAGUUCCGUCUGGACCCCAGCCAGAGUUGCACUCACAACUACUUGGAGAUGAAGGACUGGCCAGUGGGAGACUAUGGACAAUCUCAUAAGUUCUGUGGUGCAGACUCACACAUCCCUGAUUUCUACAGUUAUGGUCGCACCAUCCACCUCACAUUUAAAUCUGAUGCCUUCAUGACAGGCAAUGGGUUCAAUCUCACCUAUCAGGUGGCAGGUUGUAGCAGGGUAUAUGAACAGGCGUAUGGUUACCUGAAGAGCCCGGGCUGGCCAGACGUGUACCCUCAUGAUAUGGACUGUAAUAUUGUCCUCCGCGCCCCCCAGAACAACUCCAUAUCUCUCUUCUUCAACAGUUUUAAUGUGGAGAGUCAUCAAAACUGUAACUAUGACUACCUAGAGAUUCGUAAUGGCUCAGCCUCUGGAACAGUUCUGGGGAAAUACUGUGGACCCACUUUGCCCAACCCAGUCUUCCCUAGAAACAAUGAGCUUUAUUUGCGCUUCAAGAGUGACUUCACUACAGCUUACAAUGGCUUUGAGAUCACCUGGACUUCUUCUCCUAAUGGUUGUGGUGGAGUGCUAUAUGGAGACCAUGGUUCCUUCACCAGUCCAGACUUCCCUGGCACUUAUGCCAAUGGCACCAGUUGUGAGUGGUCUAUCAGGGCUCCCACUGGGAGAGUAGUAACUGUCACCUUUAAUCAGAUCAGCAUUGAUGACCCUGGAGACUGCCAGAACAACUACUUGAAACUAUAUGAUGGCCCAGAUGCCAGCACUCCACCCAUUGGUCCAUACUGUGGAAUGGAGACAAAUAUAGCCCCAUUCACAGCCUCUUCACACCACGUCUUCAUCCAGUUCCGUGCUCAGUAUGCUGUUUUACCAUCCGGAUUCAGGCUUACAUGGAACAGCUGA